AUGCACACUGACGUCGACACCGUGGAGCGCGGUGGGGCCCCGCCGCUUUCUUUCCUCUUGCCCCCGCCGGCGCCGUCCGAUGCCUCCGCCGCUGAGAACGCGUCGAGGACGGCGGACCAGUGGUUGUGGUACUUUUACCUCACAGCCUGGUCUCGCCCUUUUUUCUUCCACGGCCCGCCACCACGCCCCGCAUGCGCGGGCGACGGUAGUUACAAGGUUCGUAUGGGGAAGGGGGGAGCUGGGGUUUUUGGCCUGACCCUUGAGGAAUCGCUGGCGACGGUGGGAUUUCCUGCAGCCGAUGUGGUCGCGGCAUACGAGGCGCAGUGGCCGCGUUUCUCUCAGACCUCGGGCGGGGCUGAAGUGCGGGCAAAGUCCCUGGCAAGGAUAGACGGCGAUUGCGCGUAUCCUCCGCUCCCUCGUGUGGCUGAAUCGUGCUUUGGGCGGGUAUUUCGGGCCCUGGCCGUCCAUGGCCACGUCGCCGCACCCGCGCCGCCGUCGUCGUUGGCACCGCCCUCCAGCUCCGUGGCAAAGUUGGCUCAACAGGCCCUGGCUGUCGCACGGCGGCAGCUGCAGUUAUGCCCGGAGGAGGCUGCAGGGACGGCGGUAACGGAAGAGAAGCUGAUUCAAAGCGCCCUCCAAGCGAUGCUUGCACCGGAUGCCAUAGCGGCGCAGUGUUCUCUCUUACUCACGCUGGAGAGCACAGCCUCCACCGAUGACAGUGGUGGGGCUAAGAAGAAGAAAGGGGCAGAGGCGGAAGAAGAAGACGAAUUCAUAAGAGAGGCCCAUUGCGCCCGUCUGUUUGCCGCACUCACCAUGGAAGCAUUUUCACGCGUAAAAAAGGCGUGUGCCUGCAUGCUGCUGGCAUAUGUAGGCGCCAGUAAUAGUGGUGGGGUGGCAAAAGCCCGGGCAUGCGGCGUCGUCAUGGGAAUCGUGGAAUACGCCGUCGCGUACCGCUGCUACCGCGACGAUGGGACGGGACGGUGUCCGUUGAGUGCCGCAGCGCUCCUGCUUUGCACCCUUGUGGAGCUGCAGGAUGCCCUGACGCGAGAAAAGGUGCAGAGCCAUGGGAAAGAAGAUCCGGACGAGGAGGGGGUGUCUGGGGGUCUUUUUGCCACCCUCACAGUGGCGUGUCUGCAGGAACUUUUUUUUGCCGCCGUUGUGGGCGGCCCAGUGGCACCGCAUCGCCUCCCUCCCCUUCUUGUUGCGAAGGGCGCGACAAGAUCGGUCGGCAAGGUCGUUGGGAGGAAUAAGCCGCAGCAGCAGGAAGAGGAUCUCGCCUUUCAAAUGCCGGUUCGCCCAGCGGUGGCGCGCGCACUGGCCCUACACGAGGUCGACGCGCUUCUGCAGAUACUCCUGCCAGUGUUACUACAGCAAGUGGGGUUCGAAUGGCCCUGGUCGGAGUGUCUGCGACGGGCGCGGGUUCUGGACAAAUUACCGCAGGAAAGUGUAGUAACGGCCGAGGGAGUGCGGCUUAGCAGUCGCGCGGCGUUCGAUGAGCUCCUCGCCGCUGUUGGACGCCGCACGUAUGUGUCACGUUUACAAAAUAUUAUGCCGCAGAGCUACGAAUCCUUGUUUGCCGCGGCCUUUCCCACCGCUGCCGACGACGACAACGUUGCGCACGCUGAGGACGGCGAGGGCGCAGGCAGGGCAGGCGGGCGGCAACCCCUUUUUCUGCUCCCGGCCUACUACCAAGCUGCCGGGGCGGUGCUGGUAGAGUUUUUUGAGAGUUCUGGGCUCGGUGGGGCGACGGCGCGGGAGACGGAGCGAGUCUUGAUCCGCAGCACCGAUGUGCAGCCGAUGAUUGUGCAGCUGCAAGCUUUCGGAAGCCACACGGACGGCGCCGACGACGGCGAGGCUCAUACUCAUCUCACGGACGACGGUGAUCUGCUUUCCACCGCACGCCUCUCGGAGGAUGAGAAACACAGACUACUGCUGCGUUACCGUUGCGAGGUGCUGUUGGCCUCUCUGGUGGUGUACACGCAGCUGCAAACCGUUAGCCUCGUGCAGCAGCUGCUGCGGCAGCUGGCGCCGUUAUUUGAAAAACUUUUACUGCCACUCAUGCAGGAACGCGCGCUGACGCGCCCCUUUGUGGCGCAGCGACGGCCAACUUCUCUAAAUGGUGGCAAUGCCUCUGCUGGAUGGACGGUAGACUUCACGCCGGAGUUCAAGGUCUUGAUGGACGACAUUCGCUACGAGUUCUAUCCGCUUGAAUGGGUCCCGGAGGCUCUCAACGCCCAGCUGCGAUGGCAGGCUUCCGAAACGGACGCUUCACAUCUCGCCUUCUACUCGGUGUUUGCCGCGGUGGCUUACCAGUUCGGUCUCGCCUUGCACGCGGGCCCGCAGGGGCUGCGGGGUGGGGAUGCUACGGAGCACAAGGUUCGUAUGAAGGCCUACCGUUUUUUUCACGUCUUGUUGCUGAACACCCUGGUGGAUGCGGUGGCGUCUUCCUGUGAGUUGGAGGGUGCAAUGGCGUUGGCGGCGACACGGCGCGUUGGCAGGACCCAGCGGGAUGCUGAUCACAGUAAUAAGAAUAAUAAUAUUUCCACGGACGAGAGCGUCCAGGCUCAACAGCUGCGGCAGUGCGGGGCGGCGUCGUUUCACGCCGUGGUUAACCCACACGAUGUGCUUCUUGCACUGGCGCAGUCUCUGCUGCCCCCCGAGUUGGUUUUACGCCCACAGCCCGCGGCGGUGGUAGACGUGGAGGGCCAACGCCCAAGUGAGGAGUUGCUGCACCGUGUCAUUGCGUGGUCGCAGUCAGCGAGAACGCGCUGGACGAUGCAGCUGCAGAAGGGGACAGGCUCAACGACGCCCCUUGCGUCGCUGCCUAAUAGCCUCACCUUCGACGCGGUCCCGCUUGCGCGCGAGGUGGUUCGCGGGGUUCGGCGACGGCUGAUUGAGAAGCUGCACGUCAAAUUAGUGCCCGAGACAACGGGGCACCGCAGUUUUCCCGACGCACUUCUCCAGCAGCACCUUUUGGGCCUGCAGACGCUUCUCGAGAGCCUUGCCUUGCUGCCGCAGCACCCCAGUGAAGACAACGCGGCAACGCCCUCAGCGGCCCAAUUAUUGUGGUCCUCGCCGCUUUUCUCACACGAGCUGCGGCUCAGUGCCAGCCUGCACCGUGAGCGCAUAGACGCACCUCUGCAGUGA